UGGGACCCGUAGAUGCCCGGCGGUGCGGUGCGUGCGUUCGCGGUGUGACCCGGAAGGGAGCUCUGCGAGGAGGCGGGACCGGGACGGCGGGGGAUCGGCUGCUAGGUCCCUGCGAGGACCGAGCCCGAGCGGUGGGAGGAGAUCAGGAUGGUAGGGGAACGACGUUCUGGGGACCUUAUGGUGCCCUUGGGGCCCCGGCUACAGGCAUAUCCCGAAGAGCUCAUUCGGCAGCGGCUCGGACAUGAUGGGCGGCCCGAAUACCUGAUCCGAUGGAGUGUUCUGAAGUGUGGGGAAGAGGACAAAGUGAGCGUGGAGGAAGGCAAGGCCGAACACAUCCUCAUGUGGCUGUCGGCGCCAGAGGUCUACGCCAACUGCCCCAUGCUGUUGCAUGAGCGGACGGUGUCUAAGGGACCUCAGUAUGAAUCUGCUAGGGGUUUAGGAAGCUUUUCUCAAGAUCCAGGGAGCCUGGAUGAAUUGGCAGUGGCAGAAAUGGAGGCCGAUGUGCGGGCGCUGGUACGCAGGGCUGCCAGGCAGCUGGCAGAAGGCGGGACCUCCAGUCUUACGGCCGCAGUGCUUCACACCAUCCAUGUGCUCAGCGCCUAUGCCAGCAUCGGGCCGCUUACCGGAGUCUUCAGGGAGACAGGAGCCCUGGACCUGCUCAUGCAUAUGCUGUGCCAUCCCGAGCCUCAGGUCCGUCGGAGUGCGGGCAAGAUGCUGCAGGCUCUGGCAGCCCACGAUGCUGGAAGUCGGGCUCACGUCCUUCUGUCACUGAGCCAGCAAGAUGGCAUCGAACAGCACAUGGAUUUUGACAGUCGCUACACUUUGCUGGAGUUGUUUGCAGAGACCACGUCCUCUGAAGAGCACUGCAUGGCCUUUGAAGGCAUUCAUCUGCCUCAGAUCCCAGGAAAGCUGCUCUUCUCCCUGGUGAAGCGCUACCUGUGUGUCACUUCCCUGCUGGAUCAGCUGAAUAACAGCCCAGAGCCUGGAGCUGGACACCCAGACUCCCCGAGCCCCACGAAGGAGAGCAGCCGGGGACAGCGGGAGCUGGAGUUCAGUAUGGCCGUGGGCAACCUCAUUUCCGAGCUGGUGCGGAGCAUGGGCUGGGCCCGGAACCUCAGUGACCAGGGCACAGCACCACCCCGUCCAUCCAGGUCCAUCUUUCAGCCCUGCAUUUCAGGCCCUCCUCUAUUACUGCCCAACAUCGUCACUACCCCCAGAAGGCAAGGGCAAGCCUUCCGCCAGCGCUCUGAAUUUUCUAGCCGUAGUGGCUACGGUGACUACGUUCAGCAGACGUUGCAGCCGGGGAUGCGAGUGCGAAUCCUGGAUGACUACGAGGAGAUCAGUGCUGGGGAUGAGGGCGAGUUCCGGCAGAGCAACAGCGGCGUGCCCCCUGUGCAGGUCUUCUGGCAGUCGACAGGCCGCACCUACUGGGUGCACUGGCACAUGCUGGAGAUCCUGGGUCCUGAGGAAGCUAGGGGAGAUUCAGUUUCUGCCUCUCUGGAGAAGGGGGCUUCAGUGUUGGACACAGCAUUUUCCUCUGGGGACUGGAAGCCUCUGUAUGGCCUCUACUCUUUGCCAUAUCUCCAGCCUGAGCCUCAGAAGAAAGAGGACUUGGGAUACCUGACACAGGCAGAAUGGUGGGAACUGCUUUUCUUCAUCAAGAAGUUAGACUUAAGUGAGCAGCAACCAAUUUUCCAGAAUCUUCGAGAGAAACUGGAUAAGGCUAUGAGUGAAACGGCUCUGGGGGAGAUCUCCGUGCCCAUCGAGAUGGCUGAGGGUCUGCUGCAGGUCCUCAGUAGUCGCUUUGAGGGCAGCACCCUCUGUGACCUUCUCAACUCCCAGAUCUACACCAAGUACGGGCUGCUGCCUGAUGAACUGAGCAGCCUGUCUUCUUCACGAAGUGGCUCCUCUACCCCAGAUCCAGACGAGGAGUCCAAGUCAGCAAGCAGCUUGUUAGAAGAGACCGGGUCCCCCAAGGCAGAGGCAGAGCCCCUUAAGGUAGAAGCUGAGCCUGCCAAGGUGAAGACUGAGCCCCCAAAGGCACAGAGUGAUUCUCAGCUAUUUAACCAGCUUCUGGUAGCUGAGGGAAUGGCUCUAUCUGCUGAAACAAAGGAGGCAGCCGAUGAAAUGGCUAGAGCUUUGCGGGGUCCUGGUCCACGCAGCUCCCUGGAUCAGCAUGUGGCAGCGGUUGUGGCCACGGUGCAGAUGUCCAGCUCGGACACCCACCUGCAGCUUUCAGGGCUCUGUGCCCUUUCUCAGGCUGUGGAGGAGAUCACUGAGCAGGAGCAUCCUCUGGUCCGUCCCGACAGACCGCUGAGGGAGAAGCUGGUCAAAACACUGGUGGACUUGCUGACCAACCAGGUGGGAGAGAAGAUGGUGGUGGUGCUGGCCCUGCGCCUCCUUUACCUGCUCAUGACCAAGUAUGAGUGGCGUCCGCUCUUUGCCAGGGAGGGUGGCAUCUACGCUGUGCUGAUUUGCAUGCAAGAAUACAAGACUUCGGUUUUGGUGCAGCAGGCAGGGCUGGCGGCGCUGAAGAUGCUGGCCAUUGCCAGCUCCUCAGAGCUCCCCGCUUUUGUUACUGGCCGGGAUUCCGUCCAACCUCUGUUUGGUACCCAGAUGACCAGAGAGAUCUUCGCCAGCAUUGACUCAGCCACGCGCCCAGGCUCCGAGAGCUUGCUCCUUAGUAUCCCCGCCGCUGUGAUCCUGAUGCUCAAUACUGAGGGGUGCUCCUCUGCAGUGAGAAAUGGCCUGCUUCUCCUCAGCCUGCUUCUGUGCAACCACCACACUCUGGGAGACCAGAUCAUAACCCAGGAGCUGAGAGACACUUUGUUUAGGCACUCAGGGAUAGCACCGGGAACCGAACCCAUGCCCACCACACGCACCAUCCUCAUGAUGCUUCUCAACCGCUACUCAGAGCCACGGGGCAGUCCUGAGCGAGCAGCACUUGAGACUGCAAGCACCCCGGGUCAGGAUGGGUCCCCUGAGUUACUGAUUCGAUCCCUGGUGGGGGACCCAUCUGCAGAACUCUUCCUGGACUUGGAGCGUGUGCUGUGCCGUGAGAGCAGCCCACGGGGUGCUGUGAGUCCCUUACUCAAGUGCCUCCAGCAGGAGAGCCAGCCCUUCCUCCUAUUGCUGCGGACUUUGGAUGCCCCUGGGCCCAACAGAACUCUGCUGCUCACCGUUCUCAGGGUCAUGACUCGACUGCUGGAUUACCCUGAGACACUGGUCCUCCCCUGGCAUGAGGUUCUGGAGCCAUGCCUCAACUGCCUGAAUGGCCCCAGCAGUGACUCUGAGGUUGUUCAGGAGCUCACCUGCUUCCUGCACCGCCUGGCUCUGACGCACAAGGACUACGCAGUGGUGCUGUGCUGCCUGGGAGCAAAAGAAGCCCUCUCCAAAGUGCUGGACAAGCACUCCACUCAGCUCCUGCUGGCCUCCGAGCUCCGAGACCUGGUGACAGAGUGCGAGGAAUACGCCCAACUCUACAGUAACCUCACCUCCAGCAUCCUGGCAGGCUGCAUUCAGAUGGCGCUGGGCCAGAUCGAAGACCACCGACGAACCCACCGGCCUAUCAACAUCCCCUUCUUCGAUGUGUUCCUCAUGCAUCUCUGCCAGGGCUCCAGUGUGGAAGUGAAGGAGGACAAGUGCUGGGAGAAGGUGGAGGUGUCCUCCAACCCUCACCGGGCCAGCAAGCUGAUGGACCGCAACCCCAAGACCUACUGGGAGUCCAACGGCAGCACUGGCUCCCACUACAUCACCUUGCACAUGCGCCGAGGUGUUCUUAUUCGGCAGCUGACUCUGCUCGUAGCCAGUGAAGACUCGAGUUACAUGCCAGCCAGGGUGGUGGUAUUUGGAGGCGACAGUGCCAGAAGCAUCAACACGGAGCUUAACACGGUGAACGUGAUGCCCUCUGCCAGCCGGGUGACCCUCCUGGAGAACCUGACCCGCUUCUGGCCCGUCAUCCAGAUCCGCAUAAAGCGCUGCCAGCAGGGUGGCAUCGACACUCGGGUUCGGGGUGUGGAGGUCUUGGGUCCCAAACCCACUUUCUGGCCACUGUUCCGGGAGCAGCUUUGUCGCCGUACAUGUCUCUUCUACACAAUGUGGGCGCAAGCAUGGAGCCGGGACAUAGCAGAGGACCGCAGGCGCCUCCUCCAGCUCUGUCCCAGACUGAACAGAGUUUUGCGUCACGAGCAGAAUUUUGCCGAUCGCUUCCUUCCUGAUGACAAGGCGGCUCAAGCACUGGGCAAGACUUGCUGGGAGGCCCUGGUCAGCCCCCUGGUGCAGAACAUCACCUCUCCCGAUGCAGAGGGUGUGAGCUCCCUGGGGUGGCUGCUGGACCAGUACUUGGAGCAGAGGGAGAGCUCUCGGAUCCCCCAGAGUCGAGCAGCAGCCUUUUGUUCUCGAGUUCGCCGCCUUUGCCACUUGCUGGUGCAUGUGGAGCCCCCGCCCGGGCCUUCCGAGCCCUCCAGCAAGAACAGUAAGGGUCAGGAUCGAAGCCCAGUGCCGUGCCCAGUGCUUCCCAGUAGCACCCUGCGGAACAUCACUCAGUGCUGGCUGAGCGUGGUGCAGGAACAGGUCAGCCGAUUCCUGGCUGCGGCCUGGAGGGCCCCGGACUUGGUGCCGCGCUACUGUAAACUCUACGAGCACCUGCAGAGAGCAGGCGCCGAGCUGUUCGGGCCCCGGGCUGCCUUCACGCUGGCUCUGCGCACGGGCUUCUCUGGAGCCCUGCUGCAGCAGUCCUUCCUCACCGCCGCCCACAUGACAGAGCAGUUUGCUAGGCACAUCGAUCAACAGAUCCAGGGUGGGCUGCUUGGCGGAGCCCCCGGAGUGGAAAUGCUGGGGAGGCUUCAGCAGCACCUGGAGCCUAUCAUGGUCCUCUCUGGCCUGGAGCUGGCCACGACGUUUGAGCACUUCUAUCAACACUACAUGGCAGACCGUCUCCUGAGCUUGGGCUCGAGCUGGCUGGAGGGCGCUGUGCUGGAGCAGAUCGGCCUCUGUUUCCCCAACCGCCUCCCGCAGCUGAUGUUGCGGAGUCUGAGCACCUCCGAGGAGCUGCAGCGGCAGUUCCACGUCUACCGGCUCCAGCAACUGGACAGGUUCCUCCUGGAGCAGGAGGAUAAGGAGGACCCGGGACUGGAGGAAAAGGAGGAGGAAGAUGAGGACGUGGAGGCUAAGAAAGAAAUGUUUACAGAAGAUCCAAGUCCAACAGUCUCUAUCCUGGUCCUGUCACCACGCUGCUGGCCGGUGUCCCCACUCUGCUACCUGCACCAUCCCAGAAAGUGCCUUCCCACAGAACUCUGUGAUGCUCUUGAUGGCUUCUCCACUUUCUACAGUCACAGUCAGAACUACCCAGUGCCGGACAUGGGGCCGCACCGGCGACUUCAGUGGACGUGGUUGGGCCGGGCCGAGCUGCAGUGUGGGGACCAGACCCUUCACGUGUCCACUGUGCAGAUGUGGCUGCUGCUGAGCGUCAGUCGCGCAGAGGAGGUGUCAGUAGAGGUCUUGUUGGAGAAUUCUGACCUCGCCCCUGAGCUCCUGCACCAGGCGCUUCUGCCCCUCACGUCUGAAAGUGGCCCUUUGAUUCUGCAGGAGGCACAGGACUUUCCACACGGGGGGGUGCUGCGGCUUCGUGAGCCCACGUCCUGGCCCAGUGAGAAGGUCCUGUGGCUGAUACCUCCCCAGACGUACCUCAGUGUAGAAAAGGACGAGGGCCGAACCUUGGAACAGAAGAGGAACCUCCUGAGCUGUCUUCUUGUCCGUAUUCUCAAAGCUCAUGGGGAGAAAGGCCUCCACAUCGAUCAGCUGGUUUGUCUGGUGCUGGAGGCUUGGCAGAAGGGUCCAGACCCACCAGGGAGCCUGGGCCGCACUGUUGCUGGGGGUGUGCUGUGCACCACUACUGACGUUCUGUCUUGCAUCCUGCACCUCCUGGGUCAGGGCUACGUGGAGAGACGUGAUGACCGUCCCCAGAUCUUGGUGUAUGGCACCCCAGAGCCCAUGGGGCCCUGCCGAGGUCAAGCAGAUAUCCCCUUCUGUGGCAACCAGAACACUGAAAUGUACAAGCCUAGCCCAGAAGCUGUGGCGGCCCUGGCAUCUCUACAGCUGCCUGCAGGCCGCACCAUGAGUCCCCAGGAGGUAGAAGGGUUGAUGGAGCAGACGGUGCGGCAGGUGCAGGAGACGCUGAAUGUAGAGCCCGACGUGGCUCAGCACCUGCUGGCUCAUUCCCACUGGGGCGCCGAACAGCUGCUGCAGAGCUACAGCGACGAGCCUGAGCCACUGCUGCUGGCCGCUGGCCUGAGAGUACCCGAGGCCCAGGCUGUCCCCCUGCGCCCCGACCACUGCCCGGUGUGCGUCAGCCCCCUGGAGCCUGAGGACGACUUGCCCUCUCUCUGCUGCAUGCACUACUGUUGCAAGUCCUGCUGGAACGAGUAUCUGACCACCCGGAUUGAGCAGAACCUUGUGCUGAACUGCACCUGCCCCAUCGCUGACUGCCCAGCCCAGCCCACCGGAGCCUUCAUCCGCGCCAUCGUCUCCUCGCCAGAGGUCAUCUCCAAGUAUGAGAAGGCUCUGCUUCGAGGCUAUGUGGAGAGCUGCUCCAACCUGACGUGGUGCACCAACCCCCAGGGCUGCGACCGCAUCCUGUGCCGCCAGGGCCUGAGCUGCGGGACCACCUGCUCCAAGUGUGGCUGGGCCUCCUGCUUCAGUUGUAGUUUCCCCGAGGCACACUAUCCUGCCAGCUGCGGUCACAUGUCUCAGUGGGUCGACGACGGUGGCUACUACGAUGGCAUGAGCGUGGAGGCCCAGAGCAAACACCUGGCCAAGCUCAUCUCCAAACGCUGUCCCAGUUGUCAGGCUCCCAUCGAGAAGAAUGAAGGGUGCCUGCACAUGACCUGUGCCAAAUGUAACCACGGAUUCUGCUGGCGCUGCCUCAAGUCCUGGAAGCCAAAUCACAAGGACUAUUACAACUGCUCUGCCAUGGUGAGCAAGGCAGCUCGCCAAGAGAAGCGGUUCCAGGACUAUAACGAGAGGUGCACGUUCCACCACCAGGCCCGGGAGUUUGCUGUGAACUUGCGGAACCAGGCCGCUGCCAUCCAUGAGGUGCCUCCACCCAAAUCUUUCACCUUCCUCCAUGAUGCCUGCCGUGCCCUGGAGCAGGCUCGAAAGGUGCUGGCCUACGCCUGCGUGUACAGCUUCUAUAGCCAGGACACGGAGUACAUGGACGUGGUGGAGCAGCAGACGGAGAACCUGGAGCUGCACACCAACGCCCUGCAGAUCCUCCUCGAGGAGACCCUGCUGCGCUGCGAAGACCUGGCCUCGUCGCUGCGCCUCCUGCGGGCCGACUGCCUCAGCACAGGCAUGGAGCUGCUCCGGAGGAUUCAGGAGAGGCUGCUGGCCAUCCUGCAGCACUCCACCCAGGACUUCCGGGUUGGUCUCCAGAGUCCAUCAGUAGAGGCUCAAGAGGCCAAAGCAUCGAACAUGCCCAGCAAUCAGAUCCAGGGCUCCUCAGGGCUGGAAGCAGAGGAGGAAGAAGAGGAGGAGGAGGAGGAGGAGGAGGAAGACGAGGAGGAUGCACCCGCAUGGCAGCAGGAGUUUGACGAGGAGCUGGACAAUGACACCUUCUCCUACGAUGAGGAAUCCGAGAACCUAGACCGAGAGACUUUCUUCUUCGGGGAUGAGGAUGAUGAUGAUGAGUCCUAUGACUGAGGGGGAGAGGCAGGAAGCACCUGGGGCGGCCCCACAAUCAUGGGGCCGCAGGGUGGGGGCGGUUCACCACCCACCGUCAUGGGAGAGCAGAUACCCACUCUUCAGCACCUUGUUUACUGAAUAAACUUCCUUUUUUUUCCA